AAUGACAAAGAUUUGUAUUUUAAGUAAUAGUUAUUUUUGAUUCAAAUAGCUAAGGGAUAAUUGCUUGGGGAAGAAAUAGUAAUUAAUGAAGAUGGUUGUUGUGAAUAUAACUCAAUUGUUCUAUCUAAUGAAGCUACUGUUAUGGUCAUUCACAAACAUGAAUUCUUUUAAAAGUUUCCAGAAGAAUGUAAAUAAUGGGUUAAAGAAGAAUACUAUAAAAAAAGUUAAUUCAGAAAAAUAUUUUAAUCUAAAAGCAUGGAAAGUGUAUUUGGAAUUGGAAAACCAAAAUUCAUUACAGUAAAACAAUUUAUAGAUAGAAAAAAUUAUCCAAUCAAAAUUAAUAGUAAGCAAUAUGAAGAUAGAGUUGAAAUUGGAUCUUUGAUUGAAAAAAAAACAUCAGUUUAUCUUUAAAAAUAUCAAAUUGAACCAUAAAAGGAUUCAACUGCAACAUUAUUUGGAUAUAAUUUAUAUUAAACUCCAAAAUUAGGUUACAUACCAUAAUACGAUAAAUGUAAUAACAUUCCACUUAAAGCAUUUAAAGAAUAGUAUCUUAAGAAAUUAUGUUAUAAAAAAAGAAGAUUAGAAUUUCUAAGACCUCCUCCUUUAACUGCAAGAAUAUUAUUAAAUUUGUAAACCAAUCAAUGUGAGUAAUUAAACAAAAUUUAACAUACACACACACACACAUAAUCUACUGCUGUUAAUUCCUUCACUCCAUGUCUCUCUUCAUCACCAAAUUAUGUAAAUAAAUUAGAUAUUAAUUGA